GAGUGAGUGAGUGAGUGAGUGGUCCGCGCGCAGAGAGGCGCCACUCACCCAGACCCGGUCCAGGACGCCAUGGCGAGUGGCAGGGGCUGCGCACGGCUUUGGCUGCUCCCUCUGGCGGUUGCAGGCUGGCUCGGAGUUGCAGGCGUCGUGGCGAGCGAGUGCCAAGCUGGCUACGGCGUGGAGAACCUGCAGGUGCCGGCGGUGGGUCCCGGCUGGGCGCUGCUGCAGUGGCAGCACUCCCCGCUGACGGCGCAGUGCGUGGACAGCUACACGGUGAGCUCUUGCGCGCUGCCCUCGCGCUGGUCUCCCCACUGCGGCCCGGAGUACUCCGAGUCCCUGCCCGUGGCCGCCGCCUCGCACAACGUGACCGGGCUGCAGGCCUGCGCCUUCCACCGGGUCGCGGUGACCGCCGAGGGCAAGGACGGCUCGUCGGCCCCCGUCGCCGACGUCAUCGUCACCCCGUCCGAGGGUCUGGGACCCGUGCAGAACCUUGAUGUGUCGGUGGCGGACGAGCACCUAGCCGUGAUCUGGGACGCGCCGGUGGACUCCGAGGCUUGCACGGCUGGCUACCAGGUGUGCUGGUCACCACCAGGGGAUCCCGGGACCUGCUCCUGGACCCAGCUGAACCUCUGGGUGAGCGGGGAGGACGUGGCGGUGCAUCCCUGCACCCUCUACAACGUCAGCGUGAGGGCCGUUGAUGUGUCCAACACCACCUCGCCAGAGGCGACAACUUUGUACCAUGCAGGCGCGGACAGAGUGCGCAACCUCACCGCCAGCGAGGUUACGCCACACUCCUUCCUUGUCAGCUGGGACCCCUCGCCAGCUUCAGUGUCGUGCCUGGAGGGACACACGGUCGCCUGGUGCUCCGUCGACCACCGCAGCGGCCUCUGCCUCGAGCCAGUCGCGGCCCUGAACCUCACAGCGGGCGUCACGCAGUACAACGUCACCGGGCUGCGGCCAUGUCACCAGCACCACGUCACCGUGACGGCGAGGAGCAGCGACGGCUCAGAGUCCACCGCCGUCUCCGUGGACGUGAAGACGAGCCUGGCCGAGCUGCUGCCGCCCCAGAACGUGAGUGUGAGGGUGCUGAACUCCGGGCUGGUGUUCGUGUACUUCUCGCCGGCCGAGGACUCGGGUCUGUGCACGGCCAACUACACGGGCUGCCUGCGGGACGUGGACCGGCCCUCUGCCCCCCCGGUGUGCCAGCCGGCUCCCAGCGACCAGUACUGGGCCACGUGGGACAACCGCACCCGACCCUGCGGCCACUACGUGCUCCGGCUCACCGCCACCGGGGCCAACACCACUGCCAGCACCGACGUGGCAUUCACUGCCGGAGUUCAAGAAGCGACUCGCCUCCGGGUGACCAACAUGACCUCCAACAGCUCCAGGGCAGCGGUGAAGCUGUCGUGGCAAGUGUCCAGCCUCAACAAGUGUGUGCAGUACCAGCUGGUGACGGUGACGGCUCAGGGCAGGAACUGGCGGUCCACCCACAAUGUCUCCAGCAGUGUCACGGAGCUGGUGCUAGAGGACCUGGACACCUGCGCGCGCUACGAGGUGGGGGUGGAGCAGGUAGCGGCCAGGUACUCCGCUACGAGCUCCCUGGACUUCCACAGUGGCAGCAAUGUGACCUCGGCCAGAGGACUGGCGGCGGUGGGGUCCGCGCCGGACUCGGUGGCCGUGUGGUUCGAGGCGCCUGCAGUGUCGCCGGCCUGCGUGGCCAACUACUCGGUGUGCUGGCGGGCCCUGGCGGGGGGCCGGCGCUGGUGCGUGGAGCGGGCUCGCUCGGGGGGCAGCACCGUGCUCAUCCACCAGCUGCGGCCCUGCACCAACUACACGGUGCUCGUGACCCCUCUGGGCCCGGACCGCCAGCCAUACAGCACCAGCUCCGUGGUCGCCGCCACCAGCUGCCCGAGCUGUGCAGCCGCCUUGUCCACUGUGAACAUCGUCACCUGGGUGAUAACAGUCUGUACGGCGAAGUAUGUUCUCGCCAGUCAACAGUAGACGCUCCUUCAUGCUUCUCGAGAACACUUAUUACCAGCUGUGUUCCUUGUUUAUCAGUACAUAAAAGCAAUUGUGUAACAUAAAACAAUAGUUGUUUCAGGAAACUUAAUUUUAGAGUGAGAUAUAUAUAAAAAUAUAUUGUAUUUAAUGUGAUGCAUUUUUAAACUUUAAGAGUUACUCGUUCCUGUUCAAUUUAGUCUUGAAAGUUAAGCCUAAUUAUUUUACUAAAGUACCACAUAUUGUAAUAAAUAUAUGUACUGGGAGUUGGGCCAAAAUAUAAAAGAAAAAUACAAUUGUAACAACUGUACAUAAUAAAUUGAUAAUAAUAAAUUUUGCAAAACAA